AUGGAGGAAGAAACAAGCACUGCACCGGAGGCAUCCCCGGUAACCAGAAUUGAGGCAACGCCUGCUCAGCCGGCUGUCAAUGAGGCGACUACUGUACCGCCGGUCGCCCAGGCGGCAUCGACUGUACUGCCGGCCAAUCACUGGGUACAACAGGACGAGGAGAACCCGGUGGACACUGACGCGGACUCGACUUACUCCAUUAGCGACGAGCUAAGCUCCACAGCUUCCAUCACGUCAAGCAUCUUGCGCUACCGUGAGAUCAACGGCAGGACGUACCAUGCUGAACAAGGCGAUGUGCAGUACUGGGCAUCGAAUGACGAGACCCAGAGCGAGUCAAUGGACAUCAAUCACCACGUCCUCUUGCUGAGCACGAACAACAAGCUGUACUUUGCACCCCUGAAAGAUGAUGUCCAUAGAGUGCUGGACAUUGGAACCGGAACGGGCAUGUGGGCAAUAGACUUUGCCGACGACCAUCCUGGUGCUGAGGUGAUUGGAACGGACAUCUCGCCGAUCCAGCCAAUUUGGGUGCCUCCGAAUACAAAAUUUGAACUUGAGGACUUCACACAGCCGUGGACGUUUCCGGAGAACUCGUUCGACUAUGUGCAUAUGCGCUGGCUCUACGGCUCGGUGCCGGACUGGACUAAGUUGAUUCGCGAGGCGUAUCGCGUGCUCAAGCCGGGCGGCUGGAUCGAGAGCUCCGAGGCCACGCCGCUGGUCGAGAGCGACGACAACUCGGUCCUGCCCGGCAGCGCUAUGCACGAGUGGGGCAAGCUCUUCCUCGAGGGCGGCGACCUGCUCGGCCGCACCUUUCGCAUCAUCGAGAAGGACCUCCAGCGCAAGGGCAUGCAGGAGGCCGGCUUCGACGAGGCGUCCAUCGGACAGUGGGACUUUAAGUGUCCCGUCGGCGGCUGGUCCGACGACCCGCAUCUCAAGCAGAUCGGCCAGUACGUGCAGCUGACGGUGGAGUCGGACAUUUCCGGCUACGUCGGCUUCAUCGGCAAGCUCGUCGCCGGCUGGUCCGAGACCGAAGUGGCCAUCUAUUCGGCACAGCUGCGGCGCGACAUGCGUUCGGGCAAGCACGCUUACUACAGGCAGCGUGUGGUCUGGGCACAGAAGCCAUUGGCAUGA